CUGGUUACGAAAACAUCUGUCAAAUGUCAUUCUCGUACACAAAAUUUAACAACAAUGUCAAUUACUGUUGAAAUUAAGUUAAAUAAACCGAAUAAAAUCUAUAAUGAAGGGGAUGUUCUUGCCGGCGUCAUUCAAAUAAACUGUGCUGGUGAGACGAAACAUGAUGGCAUAAACAUUUCGGCAGAAGGAACCGUGAAUCUGUUGAUGAGUAGCAAGAAUGUAGGGCUGUUCGAAGCAUUUUCUAAUUCAGUGAAGCCGAUUCCGUUGUUGAGCAACCAAACAAACAAUGUCCCAGCGGGCAAGUUAAAUGCAGGACUUACCGAGGUUAGAUUCGAGUUUCGGCUGAAGGCGGCCAAAGAGCCCAAACUGUAUGAAACAUACCAUGGCGUGUUUGUGAACGUAAACUACUUGCUCAAGUGUGAAUUGAAAAGAAGUUUCCUCGCUAAAAGUAUACAAAAGUCGCAGCAGUUUGUCAUACAAUACAAGCCGAUUCCGAAAUGUCCAACAACCGAAGUUAACUUUUCGAUUAGCCCGGAGACUCUACAGAAAACUGCCAAAGAGCGGAUAAGCAUUCCACGGUUCCUCAUAACAGGUCAUUUAGAUUUUACCGAAUGUUGCCUGACGAAACCAUUCACUGGACAUAUAACUGUUCAACACACCGAAGUAGCCGUUAAGUCAAUCGAAAUGCAAUUGGUUCGAGUGGAGACUUGCGGCUGUGCCGAAGGCUAUUCGAGGGACGCAACCGAAAUACAGAACAUUCAAAUUGCCGAUGGGAAUAUCUGCACCAAAUUGCAGAUACCAAUUUAUAUGAUCUUUCCGCGACUGUUCACAUGUCCGACAUUGAUUUCGAAAAACUUUAAAAUUGAAUUCGAAGUAAAUUUGGUGGUUAUAUUCCAGGAUGAUUAUUUGGUCACCGAAAAUUUCCAAAUUGUUUUGAAUCGUUUCAUUUAAAAGUUAAUAAAAUAUCAUGUCAAUCAAUAUAGCAGUCGUAGCAAUUGUAUCAUUAAAUAACUAGGUACCGAAAUAAAGUCAAAUUUACUACAAA